CGAAUGCUUUUGGAAGGAAGGAACUCACCACCAGAGACUUUUGAUAACAAGACAAAAGUUUUCUUCUUGCCCUUUGUUCCUUCCGCCUCUUGUUCUUCUUCUCUCCUUCCUUAUCUUUUUUCUUCUUCAAACUAAGUUUGUUGAACUUGAAGACAAACAAAAUGGUGUUAAUCACCAUACUGUUGUUAGCAGUUCUAUUCAUUGCUGGCCUCAUUAACAUAGUCUUUUAUUUGCCCACCAACAAGUUCCUUGCAUGGUUUCAAUCUCUGUUCCAAGCCAACUCAUCCACUGCUGCAACUCCAGUGGCUCCACCUACCAAAAGCAAAGAUAUUAUUAGCAGCAACAGAGCGGAGGAUGCAGAGCUCAAGCAAGUAUUUGCCACCUUCGACAAGAACAGUGAUGGCUUUAUCACAAAGCAAGAGCUCAAGGAGUCGUUGAAGAACAUCAGAAUCUUCAUGAGCGAUGCAGAGGUGGAAGAAAUGGUGAAGAAAGUGGAUGCUAAUGGAGAUGGGUUGAUUGAAUUUGAUGAGUUCCGCAUGCUGUGCGAGUCAAUGCACCGUCGAGAUCAGGGAGUGGGCGGCGAAGAUGGGAACGGGUUAAGCAGAGAGGAGGAGGCAGAGGAGGAACUGAAGGAAGCCUUUGAUGUGUUUGAUAAGGAUAAAGAUGGGCUGAUUUCAGUGGAGGAGUUGGGGGUGGUGUUGUGUUCUUUGGGUUUGAGAGAGGGAAAUAAGGUGGAGGAUUGCAAGGAGAUGGUUAAGAAGGUUGACAGGGAUGGGGAUGGUAUGGUUAAUUUUGAUGAGUUCAAGAGGAUGAUGAAAGGUGGAGCUGGAGGAAGACUUCUACUAGCCCAUUAAUCAAGUCCAGCUUAUCCAGCAGUAAGUUUGAAGGACCUUCAUCAACACAUACACCAAGAUGUAUAGGAAAUACAAAGAGCUCUUCUUCUGCAGUCAGUCACCAUACUUGACUCAUUUCCACCCUGCAAAAAUUAGCUGUGCAACGGCGUAGGAUGCUCUUCCUCUCUAAGUCUAACCAACCUCUCUCUGGCUUUCUCUCUCUCUCUCUCUCUCUCUCUCUCUCUCUCUCUAAAGCAUUUUAUUUUUAACUAUUCAUGGCAGACAAACUAUCAUGGUUUUUAAUUAGAAAUGUAGCUUUAGUUUUUGCCCUCUUGCUAUGUCUAUAAUCUUUGCCAAUCUUGAUCAAGUGAACUUUGUUUCACUGUUAUUGCAAUAUGAAUAUGAAUUGUGUGUUUACCUUAA